UGUCAGUCAAGUCAAAACUCACAAGUGUCAAAACACUCAAAACAAACAUCCACUUGUAGUCUCAAAAGAUUUGUGAAAAUUUGGAAAUAAAUUAUUAUACAAUGUCUAAUACUGCCCACAUAGUUGAUGGUGAAGCCUCAGAGUCAGAUUCAGAAAUAGAGAUAGGCAGAUCUCCAGAUUUAGAAGGUCCACCAAAUUCCAAGGCAUUUGUAAUUACUGGAGAGGCACCUGAAUCAGAUGAUGAGUCAAAAAUCUCCCCAGAGAACACUCUGGAGCUGGACUUGCCACUGCAUACAGCAAUUACUCCUACAUCACCCACACCUGCUACAAUUUACAACUCUAUCCUUCACCAAAAGUUGUGGGAGUGUAAUGUGUCACUACGCGCCACCUUGGAGGGUUUAGUGAAACACACAACAGACAUAUCAGUGGAGAAGCUGACUAGAGCUGACAAGACUCUGCUCAAUGUUCAGGAGUCGAUGCGCGCCACGAACUCGAGCCUGAGCGUGGCGCGCGCGCGGCUGCAGCAGCUGCACAAGGGGCUGGAGAAGGCCAACUGCGCCGCCGCACUGCCCACCGUCAAAAUUAAAUAACGCGCAUUUGUGCUAAUUUCUUUGUUAUUUAUUGUAUAACUGUUUGUUUUUUUUCCUCACAAUUGAAUUUAAUACAAUCUAUCGAACGUUCAUUUUUUAUUUUUAACGUAAUAUUAAAAAUAAAUUCAACUAAAAUAUA